AUGACUAUAGGCCAAUACUCGUAUAAGGCUGCUAAGGGUCGAAGCAGAAUGAUAAAGGACCUGUGGUUAGUUGCAAAUCUUGCAAUUGUCACGGAGUUAUGGAAGUUACGCAAUAAGUCUUAUUUUGAUGAUAUGGAAGUUCAAUGGCUUGGCUUUAAAGGGAGAGUUUAUCAGGUAAUUCGUGAUAAUUCAAUUAGAAUGAAGGGCCACAUGUAUAAUACUUUAGAGGAGUUACGCAUUCUGAAUUAUUUCAAGGUGCGGCAUAGAUUAUGCAAAACGUCUACCCCAAUUGAGAUUAGAUGGACUCCUCCUAAUCAAGAUGAAAUCAUGAUCUAUUGUGAUGGUGCAUCUUUCGGAAACCCAGGCCAAGCUGGUUCAGGUGUUAUUUUUCGUGAUACAAGUUCGGAGGUGCUUGGUGUUCUUUGUGUUGGCCUUGGUUGGCAAAAAAAUUUCUAUGCGGAAGUAUGUGUGAUUAUUUAUGGUGCGAUUGUGGCUAAGAGAUGGAAUAUGCAGAGUAUUUGCAUUCGUUCUGAUUCGAAAAGUUGCAUUCAAGAUUUUCAAAAGGGUGAGUUGCCUUGGCAGCUGGUGCAGAAGUGGAAAAUUGCAAAGUCUUACUACAUCAACGUUCGUUAUAUUCAUAGUUAUAGGGAGGUUAAUUUCUCAGUUGAUGCCUCGGCCAAGCAAGCCUGUUUGCUGGAUGAGGAUAUUUUUGAGUUUUAUGAGAGUAGGCCAGGUUUUAUUCCAUCUUUGGAAUGCCCUGGAAGAGUUUAUUAUCAUUUCAAAUAG